AUGACGGACACAAACCCAUCCAUGGGCGCUAUCGUCCAUUGCGACGUCCUCGUCGUUGGGGCGGGCUUCAGUGGCAUGUCUAUGCUAUAUCGUCUCCGCAAGGCUGGAUUCGCCGCAAAGGUCUUUGAAUCUGGAGGCGACUUCGGCGGCGUCUGGUACUGGAACCGUUAUCCUGGAGCCCGUGUGGAUUCCGAAUGGCCCUACUACCAAUUGAAUAUCCCUGAAGCAUACCGAGACUGGGAGUUCACCGAAAAGUUCCCAGGUCACAAGGAGAUCCGCGCGUACUGCGCGCAUGUCGACAAGGUCCUGAACCUGCGUAAGGACGUCCAGUUCAACGCGCAUGUGGUCGACGCCCGAUGGAGCAAGACCGACGAGACGUGGACCGUCAAGACCGAACAGGGACACAUUGCGCAGAGCAAAUAUUUAAUUCUGUGCACUGGACUGCUGCACCGUAGGCAUAUCCCGGAUUUCCCCGGCUUGACGACAUACAAAGGAAUCCUCCACCACACGGGCUUCUGGCCGGAAGACAUGAGUGUGAAAGGAAAGAAGGUAGCAGUCAUCGGAGCCGGCGCCACUGCCGUUCAAGUCGUGCAAGAAUUGGCCAAGACAGCCGACCAACUCACCGUCUUCAUGCGGCGGCCGAGCCUAUGCUUGCCUAUGGGUCAACGGCCACUCAGCCCUGAAGAACAAAAGAGCUGGAAGACCUAUUUUCAGGCGCUCUUCCGCGAAGGCCGUCAGUCAAUGGCCGGGUUUCCUGGCACAAGCGAGCCAUGCGGCGUGUUUGACGUAUCCGACGAAGAGCGUGAGCGGCAUUUCGAAGACAUCUGGGCUAGAGGGGGCUUCAACUACCUCAUGGUGAACUACAACGAUGUUGUCCUGAGUAAAGAAGCGAAUCAGAAAGUAUAUAAUUUCUGGGCCAAGAAGAUGAGGCAGAGGAUCAAGGACCCGAAGAAACAAGAGUUGAUGGUGCCAGUCGAGGCGCCUUAUUAUUUCGGCACGAAGAGAUGUCCUUUGGAGCAGGACUACUAUGAGAUGCUUGAUCGCCCGAAUGUCGACAUCAUUAACAUGAACCAGAACCCGCUUAGGACUUUCAACGCAACCGGCAUGUUGAUGGAGGACGGCACCCAGCUGGAUUUCGACGUGGUGGUUCUCGCGACCGGUUUUGACUCGUUUUCCGGAUCGUUAACGCAAAUGGGAUUGAAAAACAAGGACGGCGUUGAUAUCAAGGAUGUGUGGAAAGACGGUAUCCGGACGUACCUUGGGAUGACGUUCAACGGCUUCCCCAACGCUUUCAUGGUCUACACGCCUCAUGCGCCAACGGCACUGUCCAACGGACCUACCAUUAUCGAAGCACAAAGCGACUUCAUCCUGGCCGCCAUCGAGAAGCUGGAGAAGGAAGGCGCCAAGACGAUCGAGCCAAACCGCGACGCCGAGGAUGAAUGGGACUCCAUGAUCGACGCCAUGAACAAGCACACGCUCUUCCCCCUAACAAACAGCUGGUGGAACGCGUCAAACAUCCCCGGCAAGAAGGUUCAGAUCCUGACACACCCCGGCGGCAUCCAGAUGUACGAGACGCAGUGUCGCGACACGCUGGGCGAGUGGAAGGGAUUCACGGUUGUGUACAAGGAGGGGGAGAAUGGUGUCGUCAAGGAGAAUGGCCUGCAUGCUAGUACAGAGAAGAGCGUGGAAAUUCCUGUCCCAGUCUAA